AUGGCUAAAUUAGCAACCUCCACCUUUCUAGCACACCUCAAGUCUUUGUACCCUGCCCCCACAGAGCUUACUGCAUCGGCUGAUGUUUUCAGGAACCCAUGGUACAUCGUAGCCACCGUAGCAUUCAGCACAGGCAACAGGCCUGACGCCGUGCCGCUCAUCUUUAAGCAUGUAUUGAGCGAACUGGAGGAAGCGCACAACCAGUUCAAGGUACCCGGCGAGAAAGCACUUGAGGAACGCCUCCUUCUCGCUCGCAAGUUCCGUGAUUGCUUGUUCAAGUCCGGGAUGGUGGCUGGUUACUCGAAGGCGAUCAACGGAUUGGUAUCGCUCCUUGAGGUAACGCCCGAAGAACUUCGUGACACAAAGAUCCAAAGGACUGUUUCCCUCCCGAUCGCAGAAUAUGAGAGGAAGGGCCAGGAGUUCUUCCAGUCAUUGUAUGGUGAGACUGGUGACAAUGUUCAGGGACUCCUGGACAAGAUAAGUCCCGAUAUGGGUUGGUUCAGCAACACGAUAGCCUACGGAAUAGUGUAUGGUUACGGCGAAGUCACGGACCAACUGGAGACAGCAUAUACCCUUGUUGGCACUCUCAUCGCAGGUGACACCCCGCGUCAGAUCAACUGGCACAUGGACAAUGCCCGUAGGAGUGGUGCUUCUUUGGAACAAGCGAAGGCGAUCAGGCAGAUUGCCAUAGAGGCUUCUGAGAGUGCCGGCGUAAGGUGGAGGGAUGGUGUACCAGAAGUCAAGUGA